AUGGCCCCGACUGUCUCUCAGCCGACUGCAACCCAGCCGACCAUUACCCCGAUCGAUCCUCAACCAACCAUUACUCCAGAUUCUCCUCAACCAGCCCCAAUCCCGACUGCCAAUCAAUCGACCGCUGCAUCAUCCGACACACCCAUCGAACAACUGGCCACUCAACUGGUCGGUCCAUCAGAAAACCUUCCGACCGCUGGGCGAUCGACCACGACACAACCGACCCCUCUGCAGGUUGAGGUCCAGUCGAGUCCUUCGUCGGUUGCUUCUCAACCGACCCCCCUUGCUGUAGAGGGGGAACUGCCGAUGAUCCGCCGGCCGGAGGAACCGGCGGGGAGGCAAACUUCUCAUCCAGUUUCGUCUUCACCUGUUCCCCCACCACCACAUGUAACUGCCAAAGAACCUGAAAUGGUCGUGGCGGUGCCCGACCAAAUUGCCGCAUUGCCUGACCCAGUGGCGGCACCGCCCGACCAAGUAGUUGCACUGCCUUUGCAGCCAGCCGCCCAACCCGUUGGCGAGGGACCUCCCGCAGUGCCCCAACCAGUGCAACCGAUCCCACCGCGUCACGACAUCGAGAAGAUCUCCUCGAAGUCGGGCGAAGUUUCAGUAAAUUUUAUCCCAUGGGGCUCGGGUAUGGAACUGGUCGCUGCCCAUCGUCUGCAACCAGAAGACGAGUCGGCCAUCGGCCCGACGACCCGCCAAGGUACUCCUAUGGCGUUCCGGGUCAUGGCUCCUUCCGAAGCAACAACCGUUUUUCAAUCAGGCUGCCUAAGAGAUGAGUAUACUGGCUCAAGUUACUCUCCCGACUCCUGCCCGACCAAUCGUAGUACGCUGUGCUGA